AUGAAAGAUUCGCUGUACGAUCUCCUCUGGCGCCGAGAAUGCGGGGAUCGGUCUCCGUACGCGGCGCUCCGCAGCAUUUACGGCCACCAGGAAUGGAUCAAUGAUCUCGACAUCGUGAAUGAGCUGGGUGGACACACCGGCUGUGUAAAUGCCUUAAGCUGGUCCCGAUCCGGACGUCUUCUGGCUUCGGGAUCCGACGACCAGCACCUGAACAUCUACUUGUACCAACCAGAAUCCUCCAGCGCUCCGUUCGAAUUAAAUACCACUGUGCUCACUGGUCACAGAGCCAAUAUCUUCUCCGUCAAGUUCAUGCCGCACUCCAACGAUACAACAGUGGUAACCUGCGCCGGUGAUUCUCAAGUGCGCGUUUUCGACAUCGAAUACUCCAGCCAAAACAACGUGGCCGCCACUUCGGCAUUCGAUGGGUCUGCCCGCAGCCAGCGCUUCAACCAUUUCUUCAACGGGGCUCGGUAUCUCAGUGCAGCUAACACCAACGCCCGGGUUUACAAAAGCCACGCGGAUCGCGUCAAGCGGAUCGUGACCGAGUCAUCACCAUAUCUCUUCCUGACGUGUUCCGAAGACGGAGAAGUCCGGCAGUGGGAUUUGCGGCUGCCAUCAUCGGCCUACCCUCAACCUCAAGGUGGCCAGGGCUUCAUGGCGUACCGACCUGGGCUACACCAUGAUGACUCGAAUGUUCCCCGGCCGCUCAUAUCCUACAAACAGUUUGGUCUAGAUCUGAAUACGAUAUCUUGCUCCCCGACUCAACCACACUAUAUCGCCCUUGGGGGUGCUCAUAUGCACUGCUUUUUGCAUGAUCGACGAAUGCUUGGGAGGGAUACGACUGCCGAGAAAGGCGCACCGUCUGUUUCGCCUCCAAUCCCCGGUAGCGUUGAUGAUGAGACUAUGGUCAAAUCAACACAGUGUGUGCGACGAUUUGCACCCCGUGGAAAACGCCGGCUGAGACAGAUUGAAGAAGGUCACAUCACUGCGUGCAAGAUCAGUGAUGCGAACCCCGAUGAAAUAAUUGUCAGCUAUUCCGGGGAUCACAUUUACAGCUUUGACCUCAUUCGAAGCCCGGAUGCCCGCGACCAGUCUUCUGAAGUGAAGCAAAACUCGAACAGUUCGAGUACCCGCCGCAAUGACAGUAAUGACAAUUCACGGAUCCGGAAACGAAAGCGACCCAAGCCAGCGUCGAUGUCAUCCCAAGGAAGCGGUGAAAGCGGGGACCGUCAUCACUCUCAGCGUCGCUCUGGGGAGCCUGAUACCUUCAGGGUUCACUAUGAGAAUGGAGAGUCUGAUGACAUUCCAUUUUCAACUCUAUCAGAGGAGAUCGACUCUCCCACGAAUAUGUUGGAACGAGCCAGAUAUUCGGUAUUGAACGACGCCCAAAAAAUGGGCAUGGAAAUUGCCAAGGGCUUGGUUAAGCUACGGAAAUCCUUGUUCUCGCUGGAAACAGCGGCGCGAGAAGCCAUGGGGUCUGACCCGACAUCCCCUCCCGCCGGCUCCUUUUCCAUUGCCUUGACACUAGCGUCGGAAAAUCUGCCACGGAUGAGCGAUGUCAUUCGGAAAUGGCGUUAUCCGAUGAAUCCAUCACAAGAAACAGUUGCUUUUCAGCAAACACUUCGGCGUAAUCGUCAAGCAUCGUGGAGAUUUGUCCAAGCUGCGGGGGCGCUUGCUCAUGCAUUGGAAAUGAACGACGAUUCGGAAGAUGACUGGCCACAGUUCAAGAAAGUCUUGCCAGCGCCAAAUGAAGAUGGUUCUAUCGAGCAGGAAGCCCAGUUCGGAUACGACUUUCUGAAAGCGAUUCUGCUCUGGCUUAAGGGAGGUAGGCAGGAACUACUUGCGGGCUUCAAAGGAGACUCUUAUCCCCCGCGGGUCAGUGGCCGCUUCCCAAUCCCAGCCGAUGCCGGCGAAGAAGCAAUUGAUGGGAUUCUCAUUCCCUAUCUCCUGAACUUAGCCGGCGACUCCCCUAUCGUCAACGUGGAUGCCUCUCGAUUUGAGCUCGCUGACUCCCGCGUCUUGUUCCAAACCCAACGAGCUGCGGUGGCAGCCUUUGGAAAUGCUGUGAAAUUGCCUCUCGAGAAUUUGGGCAACAGGGCAGCUCGGAUAGAUAAGCGACGCGUGUCCAAUUCUUCGUCCAACGUUCGCUCCCUAGACCGAGAAUCCGCUACCCGAUUCUGGGUUCUGCGAGUGGGCAGAGGUAUCCUCAUGGACGCCGGAAACGGUGUCAACUUUGCCUUUGUCAACAGAGCGUUCGGGGGCCUUCACACAGCAAUCAUGGAUGAAUCUGAAAGUGAGGGUGAGGGAGAGAUGGUGGAAAGGUCCCAGGAUGAUAUCGAUCCAAACGUGGAGGAAGAACCUAUCAGAGCAGUCAAUUUGGUGAGGCGCCAGACAAUUUCUCUUGCGGGGGCUGCCAAUCGCUCGUCCGAUAAUGAUGUCACUUCUGGGGAAGACGGCAGUCCCGACCAAUCGAGGAUUGGCGGUGAUCGUGAGAAUGACGAUGAUCAAAGUGAAUCUGAGAGUUCAAACGAUGAUGAAUUCGAGCUCGAGAGCGAUUCCGGAGAUGAAGCAAAUAUCGAUAUCGAGAUGUCGGAUUCGGGGAGUGAGGAACCAUAUGAGGACGGUGAUGAAGAAUCGGCAUUCCUUCACUUCGGAGGGCGCAAGCCACGGCGGGUCGAUGUCGAACGUGACGUGCCAUGCUCGCCGCAUACCCGGGUUUACCGAGGCCAUUGCAAUAUUAAGACUGUCAAGGAUGUCAAUUUCUUCGGACUUAAUGAUGAAUACGUGGUGAGCGGCAGCGACUGCGGCCGUCUCUUCAUCUGGGACCGUAAGACCACGGAACUGCUGAACAUCCUUGAGGGUGAUAGUGAAGUGGUCAAUGUUGUACAGGGUCACCCUUAUGAGCCAAUGCUGGCCGUAUCCGGCAUCGAUAAUACGAUCAAAAUUUUCUCUUCCGAUCGGCAUGCGCAAGACCAGGCUCGUCGAGGGGUAAACAUCCUUGAUCCCGAUAACGCAGCCAAUGUCUUGGGCACUACCGUGAGCAACAUAGGUGGGCUGGAGAGUCGCCAACGUAUUGAUCAAAUCUAUCGGAUCAUGAGCGAGAAUGACGUUGAGCGCCGUGGCGGUGUGAAUGACGCUUUUGUCACGAGACAUAUGUUGACACGUCUUGCCGCUACUCUGCGCGGGCGACAAGGUGCCAGUCUCGGAGGUGGUAUUCCCGCAAUUGGUGGUGAAGCUGGCGAGAAUGCCACCAUCAUCCUCGACGACAAUUGCCAGGUGAUGUGA